UCCACCACAGUCGCAAAGGAAACCGCAUUGAUGUGCCUCAGAACUAAGCGACGAUGCCUGCGAGUUUUAGUCGGCGCCGGAGGUUGUAUCAAAAUGCAUUUUAAAUAAGUAGAAAUACCAUAGAGCCAUUGUAAAAUGUGUUAGAUUUUGCUAAUGUAAAAUCACUAAAAUGUAUUCUCGCAUGUGCUAAUCGUGUUCUCUAAUGAAAAGUACCGUAUCUGUGCGUAGUAAAUACCUAGAUAUGCAUUGUAAUAUAAUGCCUGCGCCCAUCGCGUCAUGCAAAUGAUGCAGUUAAAUAUGGUUGCAUUUCAAAGAAAUAGAGCAUAUACCAUGAUAUAAUCUCCGCCGGUGUUAUUGAUUUGCUGUUGGUUGUUAACUUGUUGUAGCGAGCGAUGUUGGCACGGUAUCUGUAUCUGGUUCUCGUUGCGGUUGUCAUAAAAUUUCUCGAUCCCAAAUCGUAGUUCUUCAUUCAUUGCAUGGCAUUAGUAACCAUGGAUGACUCAACGGUCCGAAAUGUGCAAAAGCCGCUGGAUUUUAUCCGUUCUCGCUCGUGUGGUGAUAUUUCCACGUUUGAUCCAGCCUUUGAUGAUGUGAUGAGAAGAGCUCUUGAGAAACAUUCAUAUGCCAAGCGUUUCAAGCCUCUAAUCCGAGAGCUGGCACUGCUUUCUUUUGCUCGGAACCUGCUACUAUGUACAGCCCUUGCCGUCCAAAUUAUGCGAGCUCUGUCUGACAACGAAGACGAAAACCACGAAUGGGAACACCGAAAAAAGGGAGCCCGACGACCUUCAUUACUCCUGAUGCUCCUUCUUAUCACUCAAGUAGCAGGUUUGACACACUCUCUGCUCGAUUUAUCCAUGGCUGUAUUGCUGUGGUACCGUGUGCGCCAGAUGCGCGGACAGUGGUUCUUGUCGGCCGUGAAUCCCUGGGAGAACACACAGAUUUCCGUUGGCUGCUAUGAAACUGACCAACUGAAAGUGCGUCUCGAUGUAUAUUUCCUGUCUACCAUACUGGCCACGGCCUACAUGGUGAUGGCAAUGGCGAUCGUCCAGUUCUAUUACCCGGGAUUUUUGCUCGCUCUCUGGCGACAUUUUGUCAACGCACUGUGGCAUGAUUAUACCGUAGAUACGGCGGGAUGUGACUUGUUGCUGGCUACCCUCCCCUGCAUCGGUUUAGCACUGCUCGGGUUGGAUACCGCGUGGCAGUGUCGGCAAGCGAUUCUGCCAUUUCGACAGCUGUUCUGGGCCGAGGUGCAGAACGUCAGCGGCUUUGAUAUGUCAAGCAUUGUAGGCCGGUUACAUUGGAUUUCUUAUGCACUUUCGCAUCGGCUCUGCUAUGUAUUGGUGGACCUUGUCGAUUGGUCGGUCCUUUGGGUGGGGUAUGUGGUCCUGGUUCUGCUGCGUCGGAAAGAAGUCUUCUGUGUUAACGACUAAAGCCAAUAAAGUACAGACGCUCAGACGUCCGUCCCGGUGUGUAGGAUUCCAGUUCACCGAUCCGACAGUUCACGAGACGCGAAUUUAGCAUGUUCAUCUUUUCCUGAUUAAUCAAUCGUUAGCUGAUUUUCUGGUUAAAAUAGUUCUUUGUUAAUGCAUUCACAAUCUUAUUCUACCAAAGCUUACGUCUGAUAUUCAAGCGUUUUAUGACAAAAUCCUGUACGGUGUGCA